AUGUAUUUCUCCAAGGCCAUCAUCUCUCUCCUCGCCGUCGCCGGCUUCGCUGCUGCCCAGGACCCUAACCUCGCCCGCCGCGAGGCUUUCGAGCUUGCCCGAGACGAGCAUCUCGUUGCUCGCGACGAGUACAUCGAGCAGCGCGACCUUUUCCUCCGCAAGGAAAAGGCCCAAAAGAUCGGGCACUGCAGUCGAGACCCCAGGUCCAAGCGGAUGAUUUGCGUCAAGGGAAUGGGCGAUCUUUGCGGCUCAUGCCCCGCUAACGCUGCCCAAGGCGCCAGGUGCUAUUGCAACUAA